AUGUCUGUCAGAAGAUCUCAAAUAUUCACUGAUUCCUACUUUUAUAUUAAUGGUUUGCUUCCAGAGGAAUGUAAAGGAAAAUUACAGAUCAAAUUUGAAGGAGAGGAAGGUUAUGACGCUGGUGGUGUAAAGAGAGAAUGGUUUUCAACCCUCUCCAGAGAAAUGUUAUAUCCUGGUUAUGCCUUGUUUGCACCAUGCGCUGAUAGAACAACCUACCAUCCAAACCCUUCAUCCUAUGUCAAUCAAGAACACUUGUCUUAUUUCAGAUUCACUGGUAGAAUAAUUGCUAUGGCCAUCUAUAAUGAACAACCUUUGGAUUGUCACUUUACCAGAUCUUUCUACAAGCAUAUUCUUGGUAUUCCAAUCACUUACCAUGAUAUUGAAAGUAUUGAUCCUAGCUAUUACAAGAAUCUCAAGUGGAUGCUCACCAACAGCAUUGGAGAUGUUUUAUUCCACACUUUCACUCAUGAAUUUGAUGAAUUUGGUAAAACAAAAGAAAUUGAAUUGAAACCAAAUGGUAAGAAUAUCCCUGUUACAGAUGAGAAUAAGGCCGAAUAUGUUCGUUUAGUUACUGAGCUCAAGAUGACCAAAUCCAUUGAAAAACAACUUGAACAAUUCCUUAAGGCAUUCUAUGAUAUUAUUCCAAGAAAGCUUAUUCAAAUUUUCAAUGAACAAGAAUUGGAAUUGCUCAUUUCUGGUUUACCAGAUAUUGAUAUUCAAGACUUGAAGAAUAACACUAUUUACGGACAUGGUUACACCAAGGAUUCAGUCCAUAUCAAAUGGUUCUGGAAUGUUGUUGAAUCAUUCGGAAAGGAUGAUAAGGCCCUUUUACUCCAAUUUGUUACUGGUACAAGUAAGGUUCCACUUGGUGGAUUCUCCCAAUUGAUUGGUGCUAAUGGUGAAAAUCAAUUGUUCUGCAUUCAAAAAGCAAACGUUGGUUCUCAACGUUUACCAACAGCUCACACUUGUUUCAAUCAAUUGGAUUUGCCAGAGUAUGACACUGAAGAUGUUUUGAGAGAGAGAUUGCUUGUGGCGUUGAGAUUUGGUUCAGAAGGAUUUGGUUUUGUCUAA